UCUGGUUUAUUGGGUUACUAAUAGCACAUUUGGUAUGAUUCAGCAAUUAUCCCUCAAACAUCAUGCUGUUCGUGCAAAGCUGGGGUUACCGGACAAGGAUGCUCCAUCAGCAUUGGAAAAAUCUGAAGAAAUUGAUAGUCCUGGAAAACAUUUGGAUUCCCCCGCAAAGCAACGCAAAAUAUCUGUCAAGGACCUAACCCCUAAAGGACUGGUAGCUCUUUCAGUCAAAACACUUGACAAAAGGACAGAAAGAAGGAGCAAUUUCUUUUUUGCACUCUUCAUCUCCGGCCAUCCCACAGAACUUGAGAAUAUUGAUCUUCUAAUUGUUGCUUCUCAGUGGGCUGGUGUUGCCUAUAUAAAACAGAGGCAAAUGGCUGAAGGAAUUGUACACCUGGAAAGAAUUGCAAUUUUGGAAGAGCUAGAGGAAGAAAGUUCCAAAGUCCAUUAUUAUGAUGGAUUGGUAUUACUUUCAAGUGCUUUAUAUAAUGUAGGUUGCAAGGCUGAAGCUGUAAAGCAUCUGCGUUUAGCUACUGCUUUUAACCCCGAGUAUUAACGGACUACUGCAACAAUGUGAAAACGCCAACGAUGAUUUUACAAGUGAUCUUAGCGGCAGCAGAAGAGGAGAUUAAUGGUGGCAAAAUGGAUCAUGACACAGUUUAGGCAGGUUGAUUGACACGAUCAAAACCUUUGUUAAAGGGUUGGGUUUGGGCUGAGGGUUAUCACCCUUCGAACCCGUUUAUGAUAUAUUAAUACUUAAUUAUCAUAAUUUUAAUCAAUGUUUUAAAAACCAAUCCGAGGUGAAACCUGACAAACUGCCAGGUCUCGA